GCUGAGCGAUCAUAUGACAGCUGCUUUCGUCCCACUUCCCUUCCCUACUGGAAAAACGCCACAUCUGACAGGGAGGGAGAAGGAACAGGUACAUCCACAGGGGAGUGUUGACCACCGACCUCAAGAUGCUGGCGCUAAUAAACCGGCUUCUGGACUGGAUUAAGUCUCUGUUUUGGAAAGAGGAGAUGGAGUUGACGCUGGUCGGCCUGCAGUACUCGGGAAAAACAACAUUUGUAAACGUGAUCGCAUCUGGGCAUUUCAGUGAAGAUAUGAUUCCUACAGUUGGGUUCAACAUGAGGAAGGUUACUAAAGGAAAUGUCACCAUCAAGAUCUGGGAUAUAGGAGGACAGCCAAGGUUCAGGAGCAUGUGGGAGCGGUACUGUCGGGGAGUUAAUGCAAUUGUGUACAUGGUUGACGCAGCAGAUCGAGAAAAGGUGGAGGCAUCGAGAAAUGAGCUUCACAAUUUAUUAGACAAACCUCAGUUGCAAGGAAUUCCCGUUUUGGUACUGGGUAACAAAAGGGAUCUCCCCAAUGCACUAGAUGAGAAGCAGCUCAUUGAGAAAAUGAAUCUGUCAGCUAUCCAGGACAGAGAGAUAUGCUGUUACUCAAUUUCCUGCAAAGAGAAAGACAACAUAGAUAUCACACUUCAGUGGCUCAUCCAGCACUCGAAGUCACGCAGGAGCUGAAAAUACCCAAGCUGUUUUCCAGCUGCUAUUGCCAUGUUAUUGUCACGUCACAUCCUCAUCACUCUGCGACGAUGUUCUUCACCGUGCUGCACUGUUCUGCUUAAGUCACUUUUUUUUUUUUUGUAAUUUCACCUUUUCUUUAACAAAGCCCACCAAUGCACUACAAAAAAAAAAUUAAUUCUGGUACCAAACUUUAAGAAAUCAGUUGGCAUUACACAUUACACAGCUUGUGAAUCUGUACUUUAAUUUGGAGUUUGAACUACCUUUUGGAUCUGCAGACAUCACACGGUAGUUUGUAACCCUUAUCUCUGGUAUGUGACAACACCUUCUUGUAGGAGGGUUUAUUCUGUUAAACAGACCUCACCGUAUGGGAAAUGUUCUUCAUGCAGUCAGGUAUGAUUCCAGGAUACGGCUAAUGUGAACAUGCAGGUUUUCCUGUAUCUGCCUCGCCUCUGACUGUCAGCCUCCCCUUGAUCAGAUUUUCUUUCUUUCUUUUUUUUUCUUUCAAAGACAUGUCUGUUGUUUUAGUAAACGUGCAUUUAAGCAAGUCAGUUUAAGCAGGUGUGCACAAAUAUCAAGCUAGUAUGAUUUUUACUGAUGUGGGGAUGUGUGUGUAUGAAUAUAUGAUUCUAUUUAAAGUUCUGAAUGUACUAAAAGAAACACUGUAUGGGAUUGUGUGGUUCAUAUUGGCCUCUAUUUGUAAUUAGCCUCAGUGGAACAAUGUCUUUUUGUGCUGCCUCAAAGCUGAGAGAGAGGCAGGAUUUAAAGUGCCUUGCACAUUGUCUCUCUUCUCUGAAGCAAAGCAGCAUGCAAGGUGUGCCUAGAGUAAAAUCAUAAAAAUACCACUUCAGUGUAUUCUAGGAAUAAAAAAAGGCAUGCUUUUUAAUUUAAA